AAGUAGGUGAUAGAGGUUUAUGGAAAAUCACACAGUCAUGCCAUAAAUUAGAAUAUUUAAACAUUUCAUACUGCACGGAGAUUCUUGAACCAUCUAUUUGUAAUAUUAUUUAUUCCUGUCCAAAGCUCUGGCAUCUUAGCCUUAGAUUUUGUGAAAUUAGUGAUAUGACUAUCAAAGAAAUUGCUUGUUCAUGUCUUAAUUUAAAAUAUCUUGAUCUGAAAGGAUGUGAAAAUAUUAGCAAAGAAGCCAUAGAUCAGCUUGUUUCACUUAAUCCAAAUAUUCAUGUCGAGAAUUUUGUAGGUACUAUAAUAACUCCUGAUCUGAUUAGAUUAGUUAUAAAUCAUCUUACACAGAACAACGUUGCUAGUAGACAGACUUUAGCUCAAAACUUUUUAGAUUUAAGUAUGCGAGAUAAUCAGAAUUUGGUUCUAUCUCAGAUACGCCGAUGA